AUGUCCUUUACGCUUGCCCGCUCACCUGUUCCUGUGAUCUCCGCACAGAUGGAGUUUACCCGCGACAUCUUGGAGGCAUGGAAGGAGGAGAACAACGGGGGGCAGAGGAAGAAUCAACGACCCCGACGUGAUGCGAGUGGCAGCGGCAGCAAUAUUGAGACCUCGUCCAAUGAUGGCACUAAUGACCGUGGUGCCCAAGGCAAGAUCCCAAAGCCUAUCGGAGAGCCUGGACGACGCCCUGAGACCGGCGGCUUCCCUUUGAAGGAACGACUCCUGAAAGUUGAGAUGUGGGAAGAGGAGACAUACGAUGACAUCCUUAACGCCGUCCGUAAGGCGUCUCAGGUUGCUCUGAACCUGUCAGUCAGUUUCAAGUUCCAGGAUAAAACCAAGGUUGACAUGAUAUGUGCGAAGAUGGCUCGCAAGUGGAACUUCCUAGACGAGUAUGAUGGCCACUGGCCUGUGAAAAGCAUGCUUAAGGCGUAUCUCAAGUACACAUCUGAGCGUGCUCGCAAGGAUAACAAGGACGCUGCAGAGGAGUUGGAGAGGGAUGUUGAAUAA